CGGCCGCGGGGCCAGCAGCGUGCCAGCGGCGGCGGGGCGGCCAGGGAGCGACAUGUCAGCAGUGGAUUCCCCGCAGGAGCAGGCGUCUCAGUCCGACCCUUCCCCAUCACCAAACUCAUGUAGCUCCUUCGAGCUGCUCGACAUGGACGCCGGCGGCCUUUACGAGCCCGUCUGCCCACACUGGUUCUACUGCAAGAUUGUGGAUGCCAAAGAGACAUGGAUUCCUUUCAACUCGGACGAUUCCCAGCAGCUCGAAGAGGCGUACUGCUCUGGGAAGGACUGCGGGGGCAUCGUGCCCACCGACGGGGGCCGCUACGACGUGCACCUGGGCGAGAGGACGCGCUACGCCGUGUACUGGGAUGAGCCGGCAUCGGAGGUGAGGCGCUGCACCUGGUUCUACAAGGGCGACAAGGACAGCAAGUACGUCCCCUACUCGGAGAGCUUCAGCCAGGAGCUAGAGGAGACGUACAUGCUCGCUGUCACGCUGGACGAGUGGAAGAAGAAGCUGGAGUCUCCCAACAGAGAAAUCAUCAUAUUACACAAUCCCAAGCUCAUGGUCCAUUACCAGCCGGUGGCGGGCUCUGAUGAAUGGGGCGCGACGCCCACGGAGCAGGGGCGACCAAGGACAGUGAAGAGAGGGGUGGAGAACAUCUCAGUAGACAUUCAUUGUGGGGAGCCUUCACAAAUCGACCACUUGGUUUUUGUGGUGCACGGAAUUGGGCCAGCCUGUGAUCUCCGCUUCCGAAGCAUCGUGCAGUGCGUUAAUGAUUUUCGAAGUGUUUCCUUGAACUUGCUACAGACACAUUUUAAGAAAGCCCAGGAAAACCAGCAGAUUGGGAGAGUGGAAUUUCUGCCGGUCAACUGGCACAGCCCUUUACAUUCCACUGGUGUGGAUGUGGAUCUGCAGCGGAUAACCCUGCCCAGCAUCAACCGGCUGCGGCACUUCACCAACGACACGAUCCUGGACGUUUUCUUCUACAACAGCCCCACCUACUGCCAGACGAUCGUGGACACCGUGGCCUCGGAAAUGAACCGCAUCUACACACUUUUUCUGCAGAGGAACCCUGAUUUCAAAGGGGGUGUAUCCAUUGCUGGUCAUAGUUUAGGUUCGCUUAUAUUGUUUGAUAUCCUAACAAAUCAGAAAGAUUCUGUGGGGGAUAUUGACAGUGACAAGGAUGUGCUAAAUGUUACCAUGGAUCAAGGAGAUGCGCCAACACUGGAGGAGGACUUGAAGAAACUUCACCUUUCUGAAUGGUUUCCUGUCUUUGAGAAGGAGAAAGUAGAUAAGGAAGCUCUGGCUUUGUGUACAGAGAAAGAUCUUCAGGAAAUGGGAAUUCCUUUAGGACCAAGGAAGAAGAUACUGAACUAUUUCAGGAGCGACUCGGCGGGUGUCAGCAGGUCUCCUGCGCUGUCGGCAGCCUGCGGGCCAAGCAGCCCCGCAGAGGCGGCGUCCUGCAGUGCCACUGCUGCCCACAGAGCCCGCGACUGCCCCGACGUCAGCAUUGGGCAGGUGUCGGUAAAAUACCCCCGCCUCAUCUAUAAGCCAGAAAUAUUCUUUGCCUUCGGAUCUCCUAUUGGCAUGUUUCUUACUGUCAGAGGACUGAAGAGAAUUGAUCCCAACUACAAGUUCCCAACAUGUAAAGGUUUCUUCAAUAUCUACCACCCUUUUGAUCCUGUGGCGUAUAGGAUUGAACCAAUGGUGGUCCCAGGAGUGGAAUUUGAACCAAUGCUGAUCCCACACCACAAGGGCAGGAAGCGGAUGCACUUGGAGCUGAGGGAGGGCUUGAGCAGGAUGAGCAUGGACCUUAAGAACAACCUGCUGGGCUCCCUGCGGAUGGCCUGGAAGUCUUUCACCAGAGCGCCCUACCCGGCCCUCCAGGCCUCAGAAAGCGCAGAAGAGGUGGAGGCGGAGGCCGAGGCCAGUGUGGAGAAGCCCUGCGAUGCAGGUGCAGAGGACAGCUCGGCAGCGGCGGCGGCAAAAGCAGCAGCCCCGCCCGUCAACGUGGGCAUGCUCAAUGGGGGCCAGCGCAUUGACUACGUGCUGCAGGAGAAGCCCAUCGAGAGCUUCAACGAGUACCUGUUUGCUCUGCAGAGUCACCUGUGCUACUGGGAGUCUGAAGACACGGUGUUGCUUGUCCUCAAGGAGAUCUACCUGACCCAGGGCGUCUGCCUUGACCAGCCCUUUCAGUGAAUUCACCCGCCUGGCACCGUGGCACUGCUUCCGACAGCCGCGAGGGAUCCUUUCCCGGAAGCCCACUGUUUGUGGCUGCAGCCUCCCUCCUCAGCUGCUUGCUUUCCUGCAUGCUGUCUGCCGCCUGCCCCUGGGGUCUCUGGAUGUGAGUAACAGCGCAGAGGGAUGACCCGCUACCUUUUCCUGUGGCCGCAGAGAACUCGCCAUCCUCUGCUUGGUGUUGGGCGCACUGCAUCUUCCGAGACGCUGUAGCCACCCUGCAUUACUUAGGACUUGAGGUGCUGGGAAGUCUGCUCUGAGUCUAACUUGUUUAAGGCUGGGUAGAAGUUUUCCUAGGAAAUUAUGUUUAGAGAAAUGUUGAAGUUUUAAAGCAGGUUCCUGAGCUUUCGGAGGCAUUGUGGGGCACCGAGAGCUGUCGCUCUGAGUGGCUCUGGGAGGGACAAGUGGGUGCAUCAUUAGCCCGCGUCGCUGUCCUGUGGGUGCUGUGUGAGGACUAGACUGGAGCCUCCUGGCAGCAUGUGCUCGCUCACAGCUCAUCCCAGGAGCUGCCACAGAGCAUUGGGCCUUGUGCUUCCAGCUGGGGGGCCGAAGCGGGCAGGUCUGUGCCUGUGGUAGGACAUUAGCUGUGUGUACCUGUCCCUGGAUCCUGGUUCCAGUUGGGAGGCUGCAGGUAGGCUGUGCAUUGAGUAUCCGAUGAUAGCUUUUCGUCUUAUGUUGAGGAUGGGAUUGUGAAAGCCAACAGUGCCGAAGUUACCCAGUCUUUUCAAGCUGUUCUGCUUGUAAACAGAAUCUCUGAGCGGUGCCUCUGUGAGGAAACAGAAUUGGAGCUCUCUG